GAUUUUGGAAUACACAUAAGAAAGGCAAAGGCAAGAGUAUGCUUGAGAGUCUGGCAUCUAGACUUUUCAUAUUCCUUCUCCUUAAGGGCUUCAGGUCAGUGUAUGUGUCUUUUUUAUUUGUUUGUUUUUGUUUUUGUAAUUCAAACUUUUAUUUUGCAGAUUAUCUGUGAGAAAUAAUAUAUAUAUAUAUAUAUUUGCCUCAUUAAAGGGGGAAUGUGAUCAAUGUGAUCAAGGUGUAUGUUAAUACUUCAGAAAAUAUACCAGGUCUUGUCUGCAUCAGAAAAAAAAAAAUAUUUUUUAUUUAAAUCACCAUUCAGUUUCUGUGCUAUUUCAAAGUUCUGUAGUCAGAAUUUUCUCAGGCUGCACAAAUAAAUUCGGUGGGUUUUUUUUGUUUGGUUGGUUUUUGUGUGUGUGAAGUUAUCUAAGUUUAAACAAAGCUUAGCGCCUUGAAAUUUUGCAUAUCUCCAUUGAUGUGGUGCCGGUUUGAACCAACCUUUCUAUAGAAGCACAGCAGUGCAGAGUGCUCUUCACUCACGUUUCUCAAUGCAGUAGUGGCAGCUGACUUGGCUUGCUGUUAAUUCUCCCUUGUAAAGAAGCCAGGUUUGCUCUAAGUAAUUGAACAGCUCGGAUUGUGGCAUGGAUUGGAUUAUUUGCUGUUUUCCCAUGUUUAGCUCUUCAAACUUUGUCAUCCUGAUUUUCUUUCCCUCCUUAAUAUGUUUCAUUAGCAGCUAGCCUAGGUUUGAUGUUAUGAUACUGCUUCUAAUUUUGGAUCAAGUGAAAAUAUUGAGUCAAUACAUGAUUUUUUUAAAACACUGUCUAUCUUCUUAUAGAACAUUAUGGCUUCCAGCUGUCACACAAGGGAGUUGAAGUACCAAAUCUUUAUAGUUGAGGAAUUAUCAAAGCAAAAACAGCAAGCUGCAGAAUAUUAGUUCAGGACAGUGGUGAGGCAUUCCUAGUAUGUUAAGAAUUGAUCUGACCAGUUAGAAUUUCCCACUCUAAACAGCUGGGGUUGCUGCUCUAAACAGCUAAACAGCUCAGAGGUGCCCUAAGGUGAACAAUGAGAUGGCUCAGUGGGCCAGGGAAAACUUGCAAAGUUGCCACAACCUGCCAGGCUACUGGAGAAAUUGUCACUAAAGUCUUCUGAAAGCAGAAGGGACAAGACAUGCAGUCUAACAGGUGCAAAGCCAUAGACAUGUGUCCUGGCAUCAAGUUGUUAGAUGUGAGACCUAUCAGUUGGCUUUUUAUUUGUUUUGGAUGCUACUGCUAAGUAAAAUUGUCAGUGUUACAGGGAAGAAAUGUGUUUCACCAUCUGCUUUUCCAUAGUGAUUUUCUUCUGCCGCUCUCACAUUCAAUGUCCACAACUGCCGUGUUAUCUGAAGACCAAACACUGUGGUUUUCCCUGUUUCUGCUGCUGGAUGUGUGCUCCAGCCACUUCCUCAAGCCUGUGCUGGCACUUGUUAAAUUGCUUGGUGACAAAUGAUAGGAAACUACUGUGGUAAAUGUUAUUUGUACUGGCAUAGAGGCUUGAUUCUGUUUACCAUGUGAUCAGAUGCACUGCUGAGAGCAAAAAGGAAAGAUACCCUUGCCUGGUUUGGUAGUGGUGAACCCUUAAUUCACUUUGGCUUCAGUCACAAAACCUUAUUUGUAUUAAUUACUGGGACACUGAAUGAGUUUAUACAGGCCCCACAACUGACAUCUUUUACCUACUUAUUCCUGAGCUGGUGUUGUUCACUAUGUUUUAUUUAAAUUACCAGAGUGGCAGAACAGCUUGAUGAACAAACAUAGCUGAAAACAAAACACCAUCUUUUUCACCAGCGCUCAUCAUGUUGUCAGAUGUUCACAGUGGAAAAGUAAGCAGCCAAUAUGAGCCAGAUAUGGGAGCUAACUCACUUGGCACUAUCAGCAAAGGAAUAGCUGUGGAACUGCUCCAUACACAGUUUACUCAGUAGCCUCCUAGUAUCGGUUUGCAAACAGCACUGACUGCAGGAUAGCCACUGCUGAGGUUUUGCUAUGUAUCCCUUACAGCGCAAGAGCAGUUGCUUCUGCUAUUUCUAGCUAUGACACUCUUGAAUAUAUUUAGCUUGGACAUGGAGCUUUGGAUUCAGGUAUUGGUCAAAGAAAGGCUUGACUACCAUUGUUGUUACAGUGCAUAUGGAACCGUGUUGGACCUCAACACCGUUAACAAUAAAUUGAGCAUUGCCUUGUAAGUCACUGCAUCUUUUCCACAGCAAAAACUCUCACAUCCCACUGGAUUUGUUUAAUGAAAAACCUGUUCUUGGAUGCCGAGUCCUGAGUUCCCCUCCCCCCAGUUCUGGGAAACAAGUAGACACCUUUUCAAAACUCUUCUGCAAAGAACUUUACACCCUCUGCUGUGAAGCUCUUCAUAAAGAACAAACUUCUGGUGUUUUCUUGUGUUGAGAAACAUUGAUCUAGGAAAGCUACGUAGCAUUCUGGUCAAUGUAUGAAGGGGAAGAUAUCUUUCAGGAGUCUGCUCCAGAUCAGUGUUAAUAGGCAGAACCCCCUGGGAAAGGAGAGAUUUCAAACAAGUUGUCUUCUUCCAGAAGCUACAGUGAACCCAGUUGCUUCUACACCUCCUCCCACCUCUCUAGUUAUCAGAGUCCAAUCCCAACCAGCUAGUCCUUUGCCUUCAACUUCAGUGCAAAACACAUCGUGUUGGAACUUCUCUCAUUCUUUUGCAGAGUUCUCCCAAAUGUAGGGCCUUUUCUAAGCUGUCUGGAACCACCUUACAGAAAACACAACUCAGCAACAAUUUGUGUAAUGAUCAACCUGUUAGAAGGAACAGUUACAGGUGCCAAAAAUCCCAUCCAUCAGGAGGUUUUCAGAGCCUGAAACCACACAGGAACACAUCGCUGUUACCUUGAUCUUUGGCAUUCUGAAAGCAGAGUGGCCUAAUACCAUGCUUUUUACCUACCAAAUUUUAUUUUUAUGGUUUUCUUUAAUCACAUUGAUGUGCUGCACAACAGAGGAUCUGGUGAAAAAAAAAAGUGCAUGGUUAAAAAAAGAAAAGGAAAUUCCAGGAUUUGAGUAAACAAAAAAAAAAAAAGAAAAGAAAGAAAGUUUUAACUGAAGGAGAAGGAAAUCAGAAUAAGUUGAGAUGGGCUCAGGCAAGGAAAGCUGUGUCUUAAAGCAAAUAUAUCUUUGGAAGUAAACAAGAGAAAUGAAUAUCCAAGAAUUCCAAGAAGAUGUUUACUUGUAAUUACACAAAUUGCCCAGUGCAAAUUCUAAAUUGAAGUAAUACAAGAUAUGCUCUCCAGGUUGAGACAGCAUAGAGAUGCACUUCCAGUAAGAUCUAAAAUUUUGAACCUCAAGAUAUUUUUCUUUCUGUUAUCCUUACUUUAUUAUAUAUAAUAAUAUAAAAUCCGUGGAUAACUUAAAGAUAUAAUGGAGAAAAAAAUACGUAGGGUGAGAACUACACCUUUCUGAGUUAGCAAAACAGUCCCCAAGAAUGCUAACUCAGGAUGACAGUUCAGGAACUGCAAUGUUGUUGAUGUUUGACCAGCAAGCUACAGAAAGAAUGAAAUAUGAGAAUUACUUUGUUCUUCAACUGGAAAGCAGCCCUGAAACACUUUUCAUAAAUACCUACUUAAAUGUAGCUUUCUUUUCCUACUUCUGAAAGUAGGAAAGAGAGUUUUGGAAAAGGAUAGAAUGUACAUGGACUUUUCGCAUUAGUAACACCAGUGUGGCUCUAAACCAUGAAUGUCAAACCUUUUGUUAUGCUCAGACCACACUGAGUGAAGAGGAGCUGUCUUGGACCGCAUGUAGGUAGGUCACUCUGAAAGCAGACAUUUUUGGCACUGGAUGCGCAAGUGAUAAGCUCUGCCUAUCAUGCAUACCUUGAAUGUAAGAUCUCCAGCUUAUAUAUACAUUACUUGUGUUACAUAGGCAAAGGCUUUCCUGGGUAACACAUAUAUAUUCACUACUUCCCAAAAAAUCAUUAACACAGGGUUCCACCUCCUUGCACAUGCUCAGUCUUUUUGUGGUAGUGGUCCAGGGGUCUCUGGAGGAAGUCAGUACUCUUCCUCACUGUUUUCACCGAUUAAGCCUGGUCUCCAUUCAUGUUCAGUUAGCUCCUUGCUUUGAUUGCACAAUACCUGCUUUCACAAAGCAGAACACUUAUUUGCUUAGUACAAAGACACAGACUCUUCCCACUACUUAAACAAUCUACAGGGCUAUCCGUCAGCAAGCAUUAACAAACUUAACAAUAUGGCUACAACUUUUAUCAGAAGCAUGAGCAAAUUUUUAAUUGCAACUCUAUACAUUCCAUUUGAAAAUUCAUAAGCAAUGUAUUUAUGUUGACUGAAAAAAAAAAAAAAAAAUCACAUAAAGAAUGGAUGAUUUUUUUUUCCCAAUCCUGAAACCUGUUCUCAAAUUUCUGUAUCAAAAUGGAAACCACGGCUGCACGUUUUUUUGCUGUUCAUAGGACUGUGUUGUCAGUGUAUCAAAUGCAUACAAUUAUUUGCCAUAAUUUAAGUUAGCGCUGCACUGCGUACUUCCCAUGCCCUGCUUUCAGCCCAGAUAGGGUUAGUAGCCCACCAGUGUUUGGUUGGUGCUGAGUCACAGUUGCACACCCAGAAUGGGCUGGGCACUCUGGCAGGCUGCGUGGCCCAGCACAGCUCACAGUGCAACCUGCCCUCUGCCCCAUGCCAUCAUGGCACCAGGCAGCAUAGCGAGCUGCACCAGACUGCAUGUGUCCUAAGGGCCACGGUGCAGAAGACAGAGGUUGAAGAUCUGCUUGCUUGUAAUUGAACAUGGCAGGAGAUGUGAAAAGAUUCACACGCAUGCUACUGGAAUGCAACAGCAACGACAAGCUGUGUGUUGUGCGUGAAUAUCAGACUGAAGUGAUUGUUGUCCCAGCUCUCCUUGUGGGUUUUUUUGUCAUUCUGCUAACUGUGAUCCUUUGGCUGCAUUGCCGAGGCUUGCGAACAAGAACAAAGCGAGAGGAGUCAUCAUCAUCUGGACAACAAGCAAGCAACAAGAACCAGCAGGAAUCCAGUUCACAAGAGAACCGCUGUAUACAGCUGAGUGAGAUACCUACAGAGAUCUUGCUAAGUUCUGAAUCCUUGACUCUGAAAGAACUGCAGAUACCAAGAGAGAAACUCUCACUAGGCAGUCUGCAGAUAGUAAAACAUGGCCGCAAUUGGAGCAUCUACAGAGCAAAAUUGGAAACUGAGAACUCGGGGAAGACUAAGAGUGUCAUAUUGAAAGCCUUACAAGACCUGGUUAGUCUCCAGGAAGUAAAGGAUUUCCUGGGAAGGAUUAAAUUCCAUCAAAAUCUUGGCUAUCAUGAGAACCUGGUUGAAUUGGUUGGAUGCUGUGUAGAUCGAUUCCCACUUUAUAUGAUAAUGGAAGAUGUAUCUCUUGGUGACCUGCUAAAGUUUCUGUGGACAUGUCGUAAGGAUGUAAUGACAAUGGAUAAUUUCCCCUACGACCUCACUGAAAGGCAAGUAUAUGAAAUUGGACAACAAGUUGCAGCAGCUCUGGCUUACCUUGAGCAGAAGAAGUUGUUCCAUGGUGACAUCGCUGCCAGGAAUGUCCUACUUCAUCACAACUUCACUGCCAAGCUCUGUGGUUUUGGGCUGGCCUAUGAAGCUCAUACAUAUGGUGCCAGCUCAGUCACAGAGAUGGUGCCAGUAAAGUGGCAGGCUCCAGAGCGGCUUCUAAAGAACCCCCCUAGCAUCAAGGCAGACAUAUGGUCUUUUGGAAUUCUACUGUAUGAAAUGAUUACAUUAGGUGAUCCACCGUAUCCUGAGGUACAACCUUCUGACAUCUUACCAUACCUGCAGAGACGAAACGUUAUGAAACAGCCCUCAAACUGCCAGCAAGCCAUGUACAGCAUCAUGAAGUCCUGUUGGCAGUGGAAUGCAACUGACAGGCCUUCUCCAUCAGACCUGAUCCAGAGCCUACAAACAGCUAUGAAGACCAGCAAUGACCAGAGAGUACUGCAGGUUCCUGAGCUAGUGGUGCCUGAACUCUAUGCUGAUGUCACUGGUGUUGCAAUGGACAGUCUACUGAGUGAUUAUACUGUACUUUGAAGGACUCUUUCUCAGAUUAGUAAAGGAGAUGUCUCUGUAUUGCCCUUUCAAGGCACUUGGCAAACUCAGAAUGAGAUGUUUAUGUAUAUAUUUCAGAUCUGUCCUCCACACUUGAAAUAAUGAACUGGUAGUAGCAGUACUUCUAAAUCACCCUGAUGAUACCAUUUUGAUAGUGGUCAUUCUGAAGCAAAAUGGAUUUAGGAAGCUGUAGAAAACAUAAUGAGAAAUUUGAGUUUUAGGUUUUUUGAAAUCUCUGUCCAUUUUUCUUCCCCAUGAAACUACAUCACUUGAAUAUUCAGAAGAGGAGGUGUCCUGAGGAAUACGCUCUUGGGCACAAUCUUACUGGAAAAAGUGGACAGAAUAGGUAACAGAAAUGGAUGGUUUCCUGUCCUGUCAACAGUUUACAGGCUGGUUCAGCCCAGUUCCCUGACUAGUGGGGUGAGGGGACCCACAGACCCCCGCCCUGGGAAAGGGAAAGGGGGAAAGGGUAGGGAGAUGGGCCUAAAAACAAAACCGCAACAAUGAUCUGAGGAUAAACAAAUUUACUAAAAAAGAUAUCAAAAUGCAAGAUAACACGAUGUAAUACAAUAUAAUACAAUAUAAUUGGAAUUGAAGAUAAUAAAUUAAAUAAAAAGAGAGAGUGUCCAAAAACCGAAGGCCUUACUCUAAGUAAGAUAAGGCGAUACAGCACCCGCAACAGAGACGAGUCAGAAGAUCAAAAAGGGAGGUCUCGUGAUCGGCAAACAGUUUUUAUUUUUCCCUCUGAGCAGAAAACAGUAAUAGAACAGUGAACGGCCCUCUGGGAGAUGUAGUUUUGCUUCUCUUCUGGGACAAGUACCCAGAACUGGAGCAUUAACUCUUUAACUCCCAGUGGACUACAUGAUGUUAUGAUGUUACGAUGUGGAAUACUGAUAACAAAAAAUCAUAAAACCAUGACAUUAUCCAUUACUUACACAUUCACUAAAGACCUAUGUGAUUAACUUGCAUUAUUGCCUGUUAAGUGCUGAAUAAACGUCUGGGAUCUCACCAGAGCUUUGCACGAAAGAAUAGGCACUGUAUAUUUUAAACAAAAUAAAACGCUUACAUAUCUGUGACUACUGAAAUUUUUGAGUUGAAGUGAUACAUCUCUACAGAGUGUGCCUUUUCUGUGGUAGUGAUGAGAUCUAGUGCAUACUUGUCACAAAUGGAAACUAUGCUUCAGUCGUAAGGGAGAAGCAGAAGUAUCUUUAUUGAAAUAAUAUAGUGAUUUGGCAAAGCUUAAUCAUAAAUAAGACAGCGACUUAGAUGGCAGAGUACAGUGACAGAGAUGUCAAAGUACACUUAAUUCUUUACUGCAUAAAGGGUAGGGUUAAACACGCUCAUCCAGAAGACUUUCUUGUUAAGUCACAAGGUUCAGAGUGCAACCCUUUGCUUUCUUAACACCUUGAACAACGGAGGUGAAGAGCCUGGGUGCGGCUGAAUCUAUUACUAGACCCAAACUUGGUCAAAGGUUUAUGUCUAAGAGCUUAUAUAUGCACAAUCAAUCCGAGAUAUAAUCUUAACAAAGCUAACAAAGUUCAAACUAUUAAUCACUUACUGAGGUUCUGUAUCAGCAAGGAGUCUCUUGGCAUCAGGGUGUAAGGGAUCUUUACAGGAGGUGUAAACUCAAGAGCUGUCCCUACUCAAAGGGAGAUUAUAUCAUGUAGCUAGCUGCCAUGCAGGAGGGUUCAAGGCUUUCUUGAGCUGCUCACUAUUUGUGGGAUAAGAUGGUUGACUCGUAGUUGUAUUUUUUGACACAUGCUCAGCUGGCCCUCGGCUGUUGAACUAAGUGUCCACCAUCAGUACUUUCAGCACCCAGUUUGAGACAGAUUUGUGUUUAUUAUCUGUCUUAGCAAGAUUUUGAGUGUAACUUGUAUUGUGCUCAUUGUCUGCCUGAGCAAGGCCCUGGGUGGAACAGUCAGACCAAAGGAGGAAGUUGUGGGAGGGCACACUAUUACAAUACACCAAGAUAAAAGGAAUAUGAUCCCAUCCUUAUCACAGGGAAAAGUUCUUACUGACCUAAAAUUCUUAGGGAUGGUUCUUAAUCAAUCAUUCCUUUGAGCAGAACAGGUCAUUUGUACUGCUUUUUUGAGUUGCAAUUUGUUGGGUUAAUAAAUAUAUAUUUUCUUUUAAGGGAGGAUGAUAUCUGGUUAUAAUUGUAACAACUAUUGUGAAAACAGUGUGGAAAUAGUAGGAGUACACCAAAGAAGAAAGGCUGAAUUACAAUAAAACAACAUAUAAUCAGAAUAAACAUGCACAGUGAUGUUGUGUGGUUGUGUGGGAGUAGACUGUAGACUAUAUUUAUCUCUGCGAUGACAACUUUGGUAUAAAACUUCUGUACUGAGGAUAUGGGUAUUUGAUAUUACCUUCUUAGCUACCAUAUGACAGGUGUGACAGCUCGUAGCAUUUUGUGAAUAUUGUGAUGAAAACACAGCUGAUGUCUAAAGGAAACAAGUCAACCAGCCUACUGAAAGAAAAUGUCUAUUGUGCUUAUCUUAGUAUGAAGAAGAGUUGCAUGAAAUAUACUAGCUGCAAAUGGCAUUAACCUUGAGCAUUAAUCACAGAAAUUAAAACUCACAGCAUUUCAAAUGGAAAACGAGGAGUUAACCAUUCAUGUAGGUAAAUGUUAUCAGUAUACUUAGAGAUAAAUAACUUUGCAGUUAUGGUCUACAAAAGAAAUCCUCUACUAUGGAGAGGGCGUUCUAGUUUUGUGGAUGAACCACCUAGGACCUACCUCUAUACAGAAAUGAAAUAAAUAUCUUGCCUCUGUGUGUA